UCCAGAGAUUGAAAAGUGGGCAAAAUUCAAGGAUAAAGACACCUGAAGGGUUAAAGUCCUGCUUCACUUGGCAGAUAAAAGCCGGUCUUGCUUUCUCUUCGUUUCUCCGCUGUGCUGCAGCUGCUUCUUUAUCAGUACGGGUUUGUAAAGAUCCACUUUGCAGCAAAAAUGUCCACAGCUGGCAAGGUCAUCAAGUGCAAAGCAGCAGUGGCCUGGGAGCCCAACAAGCCUGUGGUUGUUGAGGAGAUUGAGGUAGCACCCCCACAAGAAAAUGAAGUCCGCAUUAAGAUUGUGGCGACGUCUGUGUGUCACUCAGACCUCUACCACCUUUUUGAAAGUAUGCAUCCAGAGGGCUUUCCAACUGUGCUCGGUCAUGAAGGUGCGGGCAUCGUGGAGAGUGUCGGACCUGGAGUCACCGAGUUUCAGCCAGGUGACAAGGUGAUUCCGCUUUUCCUUUGCCAGUGCAGACAAUGUCGCUUCUGUAAGAGUCCCAGGACAAACCAGUGUGAAGCUGCGUGGACUCGGAUUCGUCAGGAAAUAAUGGCCUCUGUAGAAUCCAGAUUGACCUGUAAAGGUAAAAGGGUGCUGCAGUUUAUGGGAACCAGCACCUUCUCGGAGUACACCGUGAUUAACCAAAUUGCUGUGACCAAGAUCGACCCUGCUGCUCCUCUGGAGAAAGUCUGUCUCCUCGGAUGUGGGAUCUGCACUGGUUAUGGAGCAGCAGUGAACACGGCAAAGGUUCAGCCGGGCUCCACGUGUGCAGUCUUUGGUCUGGGGGCUGUUGGUCUGGCUGCCGUCAUGGGGUGCAAAGAUGCAGGAGCCACAAGGAUCAUCGCCGUUGACAUCAACUCAGAGAAAGCUGAGAAGGCCAAAGUAUUUGGUGCAACUGACUUUGUGAAUCCUAAAGAUCAUAACAAACCCAUCAAUCAAGUCCUGGCAGAGAUGACCAACGGGGGCGUGGACUACUCCUUGGAAUGUGUUGGAAAAGUGGAAGUCAUGCGUACCGCCUUAGAGUCCUGCAUGGAAGCUUGGGGCGUCUCUGUGAUUGUUGGUUGGACAGACAUGUAUGACAUUGCAAUCAGACCAGGUCAUCUCAUCUGUGGACGAACAUGGAAAGGCUCCAUGUUUGGAGGUUUCAAAAGUAAAGACGGAGUAGCUCAGAUGGUUAAAGCCUAUGUGGAUAAGAAGUUGAUGGUGGAUGAAUUCAUCACUCACAACAUGACUUUGGACCAGAUCAACGACGCCAUUGAUCUGAUGAAAGACUGCAAAUGCAUUCGGGCUGUAAUGAGUGUUUCUCCGCAAUAACCCAACUGUGUUGUGAUCUGCGAUGGCCAGCUGGUUCAGUCAAUCAUUAUGUAGCGCAGUACGGAGAUGAUUCAAGAAAAAUAACAAUGUAUGCAAAUUAACCAAGUUUUGCCAAAAAAAACAGUAGAUGUGUCUAAACAAUGACGCUAAAACAUUAAAGAAUAACUAAAACAA